CUGUCAGAAUCUGCCACGCUCUACCAAAUAAAAGACGCUGGCAAGAGAUAUACUCGACUGCAAAGCUCAUAGGUUGAUGUGUUGCUUGUGGUUUGUUAGUUCGUAACAAGUUCUUAGCGAAAAAAACGUCGCAAUGCCGCCGUCUGGAAAGACAGUUAGGAAAGUCGAGAAAGUAUUGAAAAACGGUAGGGCAUUAGAUAACAAAAGGAAACGACGUAGAAGAAAGGAGUCGUUUGCUAUCUACAUCUACAAGGUCCUGAAACAGGUGCAUCCUGACACGGGUAUCUCUUCAAAAGCGAUGUCUAUUAUGAACGCGUUUGUCAAUGACGUAUUCGAACGCAUCGCCGGAGAAGCUUCUCGAUUAUCGCACUACAAUAAACGCUCCACGAUUACAUCCCGUGAAGUCCAGACUGCGAUACGCCUUCUGCUGCCGGGAGAACUGUCAAAGCACGCAGUAUCCGAAGGGACGAAAGCUGUGACAAAGUACACAUCAACGAAAUAGAAAAAACGGCGAAUGGAAGCUAACUGAGAAUUUAGCGUAUAGCAGCACCAGCAGCAUUAGAACCAAAAAUUAAAGUUGUUUCUUGAUCAGGAGAUUUUGUUGUCACCGGAAACGGAAUGACGAUUGUUUAUGUAUUUCGCGGGUUGCGAAACAACAGGAUCAUAGUUAGCUUUUCAGAGACGUUCAUCAAACGCUCCAGUAAAAGCCCGGAUACUUGUCGCAGAGGUUUGCUUGAACAGAAUAAGGACCGUACACUUAGUUUUUCAAUAAAUAUUUUUUAAAAUAGGCAACUACUUGCCUCAUCUACACGUGUGACCUUACUUACAAUUAAAGUAGAUUUGCAUAACAAUUAGACGAAGGACAUACGAUGUUGGUACACUGUGAAUAAAAAGAAGUGAUAAAGUAAUAGUGAUAACUUUG